AUGAUAAAGGCUGUAAUGGUGAGGUGUUACCUGCUCUGUUUAUUAACUUUUGCACUCUGUUGUGCUUCUGGGUUAGUAAUGGCUGAUAGUCCUAAAGCUUCUGAUGUCCUUAUUAAACCUUCCACUAUUGGUGUUCCUUCUCUUGUUCGUCGUGCCGUUACUGCGCUCUUUUUCACGCCUGGUUGUGAUGAUGGUGAUGAUGAGUGGUUGGAUAAAUUAGUUGCAGAAAACAAGGAUGUUCACAAAGAUUCUGGUACUUCAGAGUCUUCGCCUAGUAGUACAUCCAUUAAUACGGGUCUCUCAGGUGGUGGACCUGGGCCUAAAGAACUAGAGAGAGCAAAAGCAAACAGACAACUCGGAGGGGAUGUGGGUCACAAUCAACAAACAAAUGAUAUCAACCCAUCAGGUAAUCCUAGGGUAAAUGGGCAAGUGAGUGCUACUCUUCCAGCCAUAUCUCCUCCUGCUCUGGGAGGUCAACAGCCUGUUUCUCCUGCACCAGAGCCAGCUCCAGCUGGACCAAAAGUAUCCAGUGAACACUCAAGUACAGAACGACAUGAAGAUGCACCCACUAAAGACGAUCAUGCUCUUCAACAUGCAAUGCAAUCACCAGAGAAACAACAAGAAGGCACAAACACUCACGAUAAACAAGGCGGAGAGACCGCAGAUACAUCAAUGCCAGAACCUUCUGUUGGGCAAGAGACUUCCGCCACUGCACCUCAGAAUACACCUGAGGAAUCUUCCAGUACAUCAGCCACACCGAAUGCUAGUGAAUCUGGAGAUGCACAGAGUGAAUCAACAAAUACCCAAGAAGGUGAUGCCGGAAAUACAGACACAGCGACGACUACUACUACCACCACCACCACCACAACAACAACAACACUUUCUCCUGAACUCACAAACAACAAGAAGGGUGAUGCAGACAGCAGCAGCAGUAUCAGCAGUUCUGUGUGGGUGCGUGUGCCACUACUGAUUGUGGUUACACUGGCCUGUAUUCUUGUGUGCUGA